CUUCUCACAUGUUUGUGUUUUCAACAUGAAUUUUUUGGUGAGGCAAUUAGAAAGAAAGUUUAUCUGCAAAUUAUUGUCCUGUAAUUCUAAUUAUUUGUCAUGUCUUUCAAAAUUAAAUUGUUCAACAACAAACGACCCAAACUUAAAUGGAUUCCAGUUGAAUUUAUACAACCAUUAUACUCGAGAUAAAGAACCAGUUGAAGUUGAUGGUUCGCCGGUUACUUUUGCUUCCAACUCUAAACAAUCGUCUAAUAAAUCUCUUGUUGGAACUGCGUAUGUUUGUGGCCCAACUGUUUAUGAUUAUUGUCACAUUGGUCAUGCCAUGGCAUACACUCGAUUUGAUAUAUUCAGGCGAUUCCUUGGUGUUUAUUCCAAUAUUGAUCUAGUCACUGCCAUGGGAAUCACUGAUAUAGAUGAAAAAAUACUGACCAGAUCAAGUGAGGAAGGAUUAUCUUAUAAAGCUAUUGGUGAUAAAUAUUUUGCUGCUUUUCUGGAAGAUUUGAAAGCUUUAAAUAUUAUUCCUGUAGAUAUUUUUGUCCGUAUAACCGACCACAUUGAUGAAAUAAUUGACUACAUUGCUCGACUCGAGUCAAAGGGAUGUGCUUAUAUCAACACUGAAACUGGUGACAUCAAUUUCGACACAUCAGCUGUCAAAGAUUUUGACGUUAAAGCUGACCUCAUAACUACAAAAUCAAAAGGGAAAAAGUCACCAAAAGACUUUGCUCUCUGGCGAUCGGCUUCAAAUGAACCAAAAUGGAUUUAUCAAAGUCCUUUAAAUGGUCAAAAUUUUCCUGGAAGACCUGGUUGGCACGUUGAAUGCAGUGUUAUCGCAAGUUGGUUAUAUGGUUCUUCCUUAGACUUUCAUUUUGGCGGAAAAGAUCUAAUCUAUCCUCAUCACUUUUGUGAAUCUGCUUGCUCAGCGGCUUAUUUUGACUUGGUUGAUAAACAACCGGCCAUCAAAUGGGCUUCUCAUUGGUUCCAUUCCAGUCACAUCAGACUAUCGAAAGAGAAAAUGAGCAAAUCACUUGGAAAUGUAAUAUUCAUUAAGGACUUUCUUGAAAAGUAUAACGCCAACAUCUUGAGAAUCAUGUGUGCCUAUUAUCAUUACCGCUUUGACUUUGAAUACGACAGUUUAAUAAUCAAGAGAUACAACGAGUUAGAUAGAAUAUUCAAACAAUUUUCACUUUCAAUCAAAGAAAAAUUACUUUCACUUGGAUUAUAUAGAUUUCAAAAUGACAAAUUUUUAAAUUGUGAGCCUGAUGAUGGAACCUUGUUUAAUUUAAUCAAGGAAUCCAAACAUGAAAUAUUAGCUGGAGCAGCUGAUGAUUGGAAUCUACACAGAGGAUUGGUCUCUAUUCUGGAUAUAAUCAAGUAUUUCGAUAAUUUGGAUAAUCCUACUUUAAUUGAUUUAUAUUGUAUCAAAAAACAUGUUUUUCAAUGGAUGUGUGCACUUGGCUUAAACUAUCCACUUGAUGAUACUCCAAACAACGUAAAACAGGAUUUAUUGCUAUUACAGCUCAUCAAUUAUCGUAAAAACAUCCGAGAUCUCUCACUCAAGAGCUUACAAACUUCCGACCUGACAGUUGACACAGCCAAAGAAAAUUUCGCCAAGAUUCUUAAAACCAGUGAUGAAGUACGUGAAAAAAUCGAAUCACUUGGUUAUGUGAUUAAGGAUUCGAAAUUCAAACCUGAUUGAUAUUUACAAAUGUGAUUUUAGCUGUCCAAUAAUUUAAAAUGAAAUUUAGUUUUUCAUUUCAAUUAGGUACUUAUAUCGUUAUUUUGUCGUUGUUCCACUUGUUAAAUAUCCAUAGAGGAUGAUGCAUAUUCAUCCAUUUUUAUCUACAACAAAAUCUUUCUGGCAAAAGUCUAUUGUUUGUGCGUCAUUUUUCGUAUCCAUUUGCGGACCAGUAUCAUGCAGAAAACAAGAAUACCUUGAACCUGGUGAAUUAAACUUGAAUCGUGCCUUUUUACAAAACAAUUUAUCUUUCAUCACUCUUGCCUGUAUCUGGGUUUUUCUUCUCAUCAUUUUCGUUUUAUUUCGUAUUUAUUAUAUUGAUGAGAGAAAUAAAUUGCGCCAAGUGUUUGAUGAUUGCUCUCCUUCAACUAGUCAAUUCAAAUAUCUUGUUCGCUUACGUGUCGGCUUAAGUUCAUCCAAUUUCCAGAAAGAAACCACAGCAAUUAUGAUGGACAUACUGGAUGUGAAGAACCGUUUCAUUACUCGUAUAUCAGUUUCACCAUCCUGGCUGAAAAGCGAUGUUUACAAUAAACAGUUAGACGAGAAACCUCGUCUAGUAACUUUGAAGUUUGUCCUGAAUCGAUUCACAACUAUGCCAGCUAUUGGUGGUGUCCGACUUUGCCAUGAUUCAUACUUUCCUGUCGGUGGUUACAUAUUUAUUCAUUCAAUUGAUAUCCGCAAUUUCCGAGAAAACACAGUUACCGUGAUUCCAGUGUUGAAACGCAUUUUUGUGUUGCCUCCAGAUGCUGAAGAGUUUGAUCAAGUAUUCAAAGCUCGUUCCCCUGGUUCAGCAUUUAAAGAUUCAGAUGUAUACAUUGGAGGCUAUUCACCAUUCAUCUCAUUUCCUGAAUAUCUCAUUUUCUUCUUCUUUUAUGCCAAUGUUGGUCUAUUCACGGUUAUGUUCAAGCCCACAUAUCUUCGAAUAACUGAUCUGUAUCAAGCAGCUACCAACGGUGCUUUUGGAUUCAUGACAGCCUUUUCUAUUACAAUUUGUAUUGUUGUCUUCUAUCGCUACAUUAUUAAAACUUGCUACUCACGAUAUCGAGCUAUGGGUCCAUGGGCAGUUGUGCGAAUCAUUUUCUUGACUUCAAUUUUCCUCAUUGCUAUGAUUGUUGGUUUUACAUCGUCAGUAAUACAAUCUAGAUAUUCUAGUCGAGCCUUGAGUUAUUGGUCUUUAGCUGCUGUCAUAUCGGACGUGUUACUCGCUGCUGUCAUGAUACCUGCAAUUGCUGUUAGAUUGCUUAUAAAAGUGAAAUUUUCUCGAUCCAUGGGGAAAUUGAAAUCAAAAUCGCUAAUUAGUAACAUGGUCGACGAAAACAAACCACCUGAACAAAGAACUCGAAUUGGUGUUUCAACAAAUACUCGAUCAAAAAGUUUUCGUAAAGAGCUGAAAGCGGAUAAAAAGGAAGAAAGUCUCAAAACUGAUAAUAAAAUGGAAGAGAACAUUGAUGAGGCCGGAAUGCAAACGAUAAUUCGCCAAAAAGCUAGUAUUGAAGAAGGUCUGGAUUUAGGUGCACGCGAGAAAAAUGACAAAAGUGUUCGCAAUCGCCUGCUCAAUCGCAUUCAGAGUGUUCUUAGAGGAACAAGUAAAAUAAAAGAAACCGAAGAAGAUAAAUUUUAUGCUAUUAACAAGCAGCUCGAAAAUAAAUCUAAUCCACCUCGAUAGAUUUAUUUCAAAACAAUUGUUAAUGUUUGAUUUUCCUCUACUGUCAUAUUAUUUCAUCAAUCAUUCGAAUAAGCGAACUGUAUAUUCUUAAUUUAAUACUCUUGUCGGGUAAAUUGAAACAAAGCUCUGGGAUUGAAGAAAUUGAUGCAGAA